UCCUAGAUCCCUGGCUAAAGGUCUUUGUCGUCACAAGAAGCCUCUGUUGCUCUCCUGGUUCCUGUCUCUGCUUGUCCUGGUGCUGCUGGUCUUGUGUAGCAUGCUGUCCACCAGCACUCUGUCAAUCUGGCGUAGCUUUCCCCUCCACGGGUACUACCACCGCUUUCUCAACCAAAGCACUCGGUUCAAUCGACCUCCUCCGUAUCAAGUCCAACCAACGGGCAUGAACAAAACCACGCAAGGCCCCGCCGCACUGACCACUGUCAGUCAGUCCUACCCGCGCAACUACCACUUCAUCAUGGACAACGAGGAGGUGUGCCGGGCCAAGACUCCUUUCCUGGUCCUGAUGGUUCCGGUGGCACCAGAUAACCUUGCUGCUCGGGACGCCAUCCGGCAGACGUGGGGCAACGAGAGCGUGGUUCAAGGCCAGGCUGUGCUGACGCUGUUCAUGCUGGGCCUCUCCGGAGGAGCAGAUGUCCAGGAGAAGCUCCAGCAGGAGAACCUGCAGCACAGUGACUUGCUGCAAAGCAGCUUUGCGGACACGUACCUCAACCUGACCAUCAAAACCAUGGUGAUCAUGGACUGGCUGGCCACUCGCUGCCCAACGGCCGCAUAUGCCAUGAAGAUCGACUCUGACAUGUUCUUGAACAUUGACAACUUGGUGUUGAUGCUACAGAAGCCGGGCACCCCUAAAGUGGACUACCUGACUGGGAUGCUCAUGUGGAACCGGCCGGUUGUCCGGUCAAAGGACUCCAAGUGGUACGUCCCUCUGGAGAUGUACCCGGAUCCCACGUACCCAACCUACACUCUCGGCAUGGGUUACGUUUUCUCCAACGACCUUCCCAAGAAAUUUGUCGAGGUCUCAAAAUCCAUCAGACCCUUCAACAUCGAGGACGCUUAUAUCGGAAUGUGCAUGAAGAAGCUUGGACUUGCGCCGACAUCACCGCCAGAUCCCUCCCAGUUCAGGGCCUACAACCAGAGAUACGACCGCUGUGAGUACUCCAAGAUCAUCACCUACAUUCUGGGGUCUUCACAAGACCUGGUGAACUACUGGACGGACUUGAAGAAGCCUGGACCACCUUGUUAGGACAAUGACUGGGAACUGGGAGGAUAGUCUGUGAUUCUCAGGUCAUCCUCUUUUUUUUUAAAUGAGGCUUCAGAUCACUGUGGUGGAAAAGUUUGAGGUUUCCAUUAGUGGACAAAAUGGUGAAGGGAAGAUGUUUACUGUGGACACCUUUGUUGGGUUGCAAAUAAAAAAGAAAAAGGUAAUGAAGGGUAAGUUCAUCCGCGUGUGAAAUGUGAAUGAGUGGAGUUAAAGUAGCUUAGGACCACUUCUGAUGUUUAUAGGCGGCGUUGGAGGAGCUGCAGGUUUACGGUAGUGUUCGUUUUGGCAGCUGUUUUUGAUUUAGUUUUUGUUUUUAGAUGAAAAUGUUUUUGUCGACAAAAACUAAGAAAAUUUUAGUCAUAUCAGGGGGGGGGCAAACUUUCUGACUCGUGGGCCACAAUGGGUUCUAAAAUUUAAUAUAAUAAUAUAAAUGACAUGUGAAAAAUCAUUACAUGAAAGGCUUUGGCUUUUAACAAGUAGCAAAGCAUUAAUUUUCAAGGAUAUUUAUCAAAGGUGUGAAGCUCCGCCCGACUUCAUGGGAACCAGGAAGCUAAACACUUUGUGUCUGUGUUUACUCGUGAUGCUUCUGACCCGACCAACAGAACCCUCAUGGUCCUUUAAUGUUUCCACUGUGAAAUGACUUGUUCCAACAAAAGAGACCUUAAUGUUCUACAAUCGGUGCAAUACGUUAUGUUUGGAUCAUGAACCAGACAUUCUCACCUGGACCCAGAACUAACAUCACCAACGUGUGAACAACUGCUGGAUUGGACGUGAAGUUGCUAAACGCUGCAGGACUGUGAGUGUUUAACAACCGCUCGGAUAGGUGACAGAUAAACAGUCGCAGAAUAUCACACUCAUCCGGCUCAGCUGUGAAGUUAUGAUGGCAUCAGAUACGCAAGAGGUGCAACUCACUAACCGUGACAACGGGAGAAGAAUGUAUUCUGAACAAAUGUCUUCUAAAUCAAAAAUCAUUUGAUGAAAAGUACUUUUGGAUCAAAUAUAAUUCUGACUCAGUUCUUGAAUUGUUUUGAAUAAAAUAUCUAUUGUCAUUUGUUGUGUUCAAAAAGUGGAGAAACUCCGGACAGACAGAAGUAAUUAAUAAAAGAACAGAACAUCUGAGCUGAGGAGCAGCUGGUCUCCAACAGGUCCCAGGCAGUCCUUUGUCUACCCAUAAUGCCUGUCUCCUGCUCCUACCAGCCCACUCUACAACAAUGCCUACAGGUGUUACAGUUACAAAGGUGUGAAAGCCCUGGGAGUGGUUUCCUGGUGAGUUCCAUUACAUUUAAUCCACAGCGACUUACAAUAAGAGCGUUUCAACCAGAAGGAAACAAACUCAGAAGAACAAGAAACAACAAAGUGCAAUUUCAUCAAAUAAACUGAUUUACAACUAGUUAUAGAUAAGAUCUAUUAUAAAUCCAGUUUAAGGUCUACAGUGUGUUAGUGUUUUAGUGGAGGUUUAGUCUGAAGAUUCAGUUCAAUGUAACUCGAUGUCUCUCAGUGAAUAUCAGCUGUGUUAUCAAGUAUCACAUGAAUGCAUUCCGGUUGGUGGCAUUACAUUGAGCACAAUUCAUUCUAUUGAAGAAUCAUGGCUGUGUUCAUCAUUAGUGAGACCUGCCUCCUGUUGGUCCUGCACCCUUUGACCUCUGCAUCUGUCUGCGCUGCGGGACGUGUGGGAGGAACUUUUCAUCACAAUUUGUAUUUUUAUCAGUCUUCAGGGUUUUCAGCAGCACUUUUCUGCCUGUGAACACAAACGUAACUCAUGGCUUGUUAGUGACUUAAUACAUUCAUGCAUUGCAAUGACAAUAAUAGAUCAUCAUGUGUAGUUCAAUCUAUGUAUGAUUUAUUGAUAAGAACAUCACAGGAUGAUGGUGUGAUGGAAGUUUUCCAUUCUGUUCUGAUGCUGCUGUUAUCUGACCUUUGCUUCCAUCAUUAAGAUGCUGUAUGAGAUGUACAUCUCAAAUAACGUUUACACUAUAUACAACAAUGUCUACAU